AUGUCGGUUCGAGUCGUUGCCCGGAUACGGCCGUUGCUCAAACACGAGCUCAACAAAGAUACCAUCGUCACGGCCGAGUCUCUUGAAGGAGAAGAUGUAGCUAACCCAACUGUCGUCCGGAUACCCAACCCAAGGAACGACGCGGAGUCGUUUUCGUUUCAGUUCAACUCGGUUUACGAGCAGCACGCGACCCAGCAGCAGAUCUUCGAUAGUGAGGUGUCUUCGACUGUCAAGCAUCUCUUUAAUGGCUUCGAUACAACAAUAUUCGCAUAUGGUGUAACGGGCACAGGAAAAACUUGGAGCAUGAGGGGUGGAAAGUCUUUAGCAGACAGAGGAAUCAUUCCUCGACUUUUGAGUGCUAUUUACAGGCGAUGUCGGAAAAUCGAGAAAGAAACUGCUGGUGCGACCCAGGUUGAAGUCGCGUUAUCGUAUUACGAGAUAUACUGUGAUAGGGUUUACGAUUUGUUCGAACCACCAGAAAAGCGAACUCUAUCCGGGCUACCUAUACGAGACAAUAAUGGGAAGACUGUUGUGGUAGGGUUGACGGAGAAACCCUGCACAACAUUAAAGGAGUUCGAACAAUUGUACGACCAGGCAAACAUUAACAGGUCUACUUCUGCGACAAAGCUUAACGCCCACUCUUCUCGAUCCCACGCUAUCCUUUGCGUCAAGAUCACGCAGACUACAGAGACUACAGUUCGUGUGAGCAAAGCAUCUGCCAUCGAUCUGGCAGGAUCCGAGGACAAUCGUAGAACCGAGAAUAACAAGGAGCGGCUAGUGGAGUCAGCAAGUAUAAACAAGAGCCUCUUCGUGCUGGCCCAAUGCGUCGAAGCCAUCAGCAAAAAACAAACUCGAAUUCCCUAUAGAGAGUCUAAAAUGACACGAAUUCUGUCCCUUGGACAGAACGACGGGCUAACGUUGAUGAUACUCAACCUAGCCCCAGUUCGAUCAUAUCACCUAGACACUCUGAGUUCGCUUAACUUUGCAAAUCGGACGAAAAAGAUCGAAAUCUGCGAGGUCGAAAACGAACCUGUGCUUAGGAAUGUAGCCAAACCGCUCGCAGCUACCACAAGUAUUUCGGGGGCAAACAUAACGAGGCAGCCACUUCGCCCUCUGACUACUGCCCAUAAUGCAAAUCUACAGGACCGAGAUACGCAGAAAAAGCCAGGAGGAAAACCAGUCAAAGCGUUCUCGGUAUACUCCGACGCUCGUACAUCUGCUUCUCGCACUUCAUCUAAUAUUCCUUUGCAGAAUCAGGGAAUCCGAAGAGCUGACACCCACAAACGAUCUGCGGAUCACAACAGCACCUUCGGCGCGCGCCCUUCAAAGAUGAGGCCUAGCGAGCACAUUUCCCGAUCUCGCUCUGCUGUCCCCUCAGAGCCUGCCAUGUCGAAAGAGUUCAUCGAAGCUCUCAUCGCCCAACGUAUAGACGAAAAGCUUGCCGAGAAAGCUCUUCAGGGUACAUCCACUCCAGCCCCAGCACUGUCUGCGGAGCUUCAGAAACGACUUGAUGAUCUUGAACAUCGAAUCGAGACAAAGGAGGAAGACGAGAAAGCCCAAGGAUUGCAAUUCCUGCUUAUGGCAAAGCAGCAUCAAGUCCGUGGGGAGGAGGCCAGUGCCCUGAGGAUGUACCAAUUGGCUCUUCCGUUCUUCCCCGGAAAUGAGAAACUCAAGUCAAAAAUGAAGACACUCGAGGAUCGGGUUAAGGGGAGAAGAGAUAUCGAGGUUCCAACGUCGAGUGCAGCAUCCUCAUUAGAUCAUCCACUACCGCCAUUGAAUCGCAUAGCCCCAAUAAAGCAAGAAAAGAAGAAGAAGCACAAGAUUGUCUUCAGGGAUGAUUCAGAAGAUGAUGGAGAUUUCGCACCUGCGGCAGGGUCCGACCAUGAAGACUCUUAUGUGUCUGAUUCUAGCUUUAAGUUUCGGCCGAAAACUGUUCGCAACCCAAAGAAAUUAGCCAAAAAGCUUCCAAUUUUCAGAGACUCAGCUGCCACACCCGGGGAACAGACACCUCGAACAAAGCAUAUCCUAAGGAUUAUAAAUUCGAGAGACGUCAACAUGAUUAAAGCUUUAAAAGGAGUGGGCGCCAAGAAGGCCGACGCGAUAGUGGGAAGCUUGGUAGAGAUGGAAGACGAGGAGGUGAGAGAUUUAGAGAGCUUAGCCUUGCUGAAAGGUGUUGGGGGAAAGACCGUGGAAAAUAUGAGGGCAAGUUUGAGUGUA